GGGGCGGGACCGGUGUUUCUAGGCUGCCGUCACUUCCGGUUCUCUGUCAGUCUAGAGCGAGCGAGCUGGAAGCUGUUCGGCGAUACAGCGGAGCAAUGCCUAAGUCAAAGGAACUUGUUUCUUCAAGCUCUUCUGGCAGUGAUUCUGACAGUGAAGUUGACAAAAAGUUGAAGAGGAAAAAGCAGGUUACUCCAGAGAAACCUGUAAAGAAGCAAAAGACUGGUGAGACUUCGAGAGCCCUGUCGUCAUCUAAGCAGAGCAGCAGCAGCAGAGAUGACAACAUGUUUCAGAUUGGGAAAAUGCGGUACGUUAGUGUUCGGGACUUUAAAGGGAAAGUCCUAAUUGAUAUUAGAGAAUAUUGGAUGGAUCCAGAAGGCGAAAUGAAACCAGGAAGAAAAGGUAUUUCUUUAAACCCCGAGCAGUGGAGCCAGCUGAAGGAACAGAUUUCUGACAUCGAUGAUGCAGUAAGAAAACUGUAAAACCAGAGCCAUGUAAAACCUGUACUGUUCUCGUUGUUUUAAUCCUGUCUUUUUACAUUGGCUUUUGUUUUCUAAAUGUUGUUUUCCAAGCUGUUGUAUAUUUGGAUUGCAGAACAGUUUGUAAGAUGAAUCCUUUUUUUUUUAUGUGCAUUAAAAAUGUUCUGAGUGAAGCUGAUUGUCAACUUUAUUAAGGAGGAUUGCUUUGUUGCCCGCCGCCUAGUGUGAAAUAAAAUCAAGUGACACAACCUUAACUGUUGUGGCCUUCUUUGAUUGGAAGGAUUGGUACCACCUAAAGGCCCAAAGUAACAGCAUGUAGACCGUUGUAGUCUCAACUCAGCCUUUGUAUUUUAAAGGAUUUGUAUUGCUUUGAAUUUAUAAAGUUUUUGUUUGUGAAAUUUAUAGCUCAUGUUUUUCUUCCACCCAGCUGUCUUAGAGACUUGUUUGAUUGCCCUAACCCAGAGGUACUUUAUUCCCUCCUUUUUUUCUUUACCUCAUUUUCCUUUAAUAAUUUGCCAUGUUCAGUUUUUAUGUUUUGCUUUUUCCUUCCAUAUAUUGUAGUAAUUUGGAAAGUCAGUAAAACUGUCAAAAUAGUAGUUAUUUCACUAAGGUACUUGUAAUUAAAAUAUAUGAGAACAAGUGUUAACUAAUCUGUUUUAAAUAUUAGGAGAUAAACAACAUGGCUUAUAUGAAAACUGAGCAAGUUAGUGUUUGUCAUUAUCUGUAGUGUUCUGUGUAGUUAUUAUAAUGCUUAGUCUAAAACAAUAAUGACUUAGAUGUCUUAUUUGCUCUCAUUUCUCAAACAUGUUCACCUGGAAUGAUGUCUCUAAAAUCAGAUACUGUUAACUUAGAGUAGGCGCUAAUAAAAGUUGUGAAAGCUUACUUGCCUAACAUUUCAUUUUAUGACAUUGAGUAUGGAUUAUAUCACUAGAACUGUCACUGAGCUUUAACGUCACAGUAGGUAAUCUCAGUUUUUAGGGGAAGGAGGAUAUAGAGCAUUUACUUAUGUUUUUUGGCCUUUGUAGACUUGGUUAUUUUGUAAUAAAUCUACUGGACAGUAGCAUUCUGGACUUUAAAUGUUACUAAGUUCUAGCACAUAUUCUGAAGUGAUUGCCAUUGAACCAUGAUGAAACAGACACAGAUUGAAGCACAGAUUCAGGGCUUUGCAGCAAUAAAUGGGACAUGGUGUGCCUUAGAAAAAUGUUUAUAAGGGAACUAUAACUGAAAUGAGAGGUCGCGUUGAAGAGGAAGGACUGCUCUUCAAAGUACGUGAUAACAUGGUAUUUUGAUCACUUUGUAGAACACAGUUCUAGUAGAAUAGUACAAAGAAAGGUUUAAAGACGUGUAAAAAGUUUUUGUUGACAAGUUUUUACUGGCAGCUGAUCCCCCCAGGUACUGCCACAGAGUUGCACUGUUGUACCCAGUUAGAUGACUACGUCUGAACACUCUGUAGGAUGGUCAAGGACUUGGUUUCAUGGCCAUCCACCAGGCCACGUACAGUUACCAGUUUUAAUUCUGGCAGCUAUUGUGUUUUAACCUUUUUAGAUGAUUUUUUCCAUGUUUUUACAGGUAACCCUAACAGGUGCAUAAUUGGGGAAAUAAAACACUCGUAUUUUAGCUGUCACCAAAAUAGGUACCAAAGUGUUCAAAAUAAUCUUAUUUUUAGACAAAUCAUACUUGACUGAUAACGAUCACCUCAGUUGAGAACAUACGUGUCCUGUUAAUUAAAUGGGUAGAUUUGUGAAGUAUUCCUUAUGACACAGAACAUAGAACUUUGAUUUUGAUGUAGAUGAAGAGGGAAUACUGGGUACAUUUCCUAAGUUUAUUUGAAUUAGGGUGGUGUAUGCAUUUUUAAACAAUCUGCUAAUACAGAGAUGGUGCUGAAAUCUGUUAGCUUAGGCAUAUUUUUCUAGCUGUUUAGUAUUAUGUUAAAAUCCUCAUAUAAGAGUGUUUCUCUGGCAGAAUUUGGCUAUGUUAACAGGAAAAUUCACGUAAAUAAAUUACUGGGUAAACAGUACACAGAAACUAAUUUUUUGUGUGCAUGUAUAUAGGAAAGGAAGAGAACUGGGUCAAAAGAAAGACAAAAUAACUUGUACUGAAAAGAUAGGUACUUCUGCUUUAAACUUUAAUCUUUGUGGAAAGAUUUCUUCUAGGAAGAAAGGUUGGCAUUGUGAGGCGACCUUGCCUCGGAAUGCCGAAGCGCGUGUACUGAAGUCCCAGGUAGCGGGGCCUGCCUUGUCUUUCCAAGGGCAAACAGCAUCUGACCCAGUUUCCUAGGCUCUUGGUGUUUUACUUCAUGAAUAACCAGUACAAAAGAAAAAGUACAAUUUGAACGUUCUUUCGCUGUACUUCAUAAAUGCCUAAGGACUUUUGUGAAGAAUACUCCUACCUCAUAGCCAGUCAAAAUGCUGUGAUAAUCUACCUAUACUAGACAAGUGUUUAGAAAAAGAUUUAAGGGGGGAAAAAAAAGUACAUAAAUUCUGGCUUGGCUAUUGAGUGGAAAAGAGAAAGCUGAGUAUUGUUUCUGAGAGAGGUAUUUUAGAAGAGUACUGUUCAAAUUUGAAAUUUUUAAAGUGCUGACUAAUAUUUAGAGAUCUCUUAAAAAAUCUCGAGUUCACUUUUUAUGGAAAUUAUCCCAGUGAAACACUCCUUUUUUUUUUAAGUGGUGUUUUUCCAGAUAAACUCUAGGAUUAAACAUUCACAUACUCACAAAUAAGUAAUUCUGUAAUUGUGGAAUACUUGUAUGCUUUGUUCAGUACAUCUUCCAUGGAGAUGUUAAUGAAUAUAAUACUCCAUCUGUGAAUAUUUUAAAUGUUGAAAUAAAAAUAAAUGUAUCCUGUGUGUCA